AACCCCUUCUCGCCAAUCGCCGUCGCCUGUCAGGAUGAUGAGGCGGCGGCAGCAGAAGCAGCGGCGGGGCAUCUCCUCCUCCUCUUCGGGCGGUCGGCCUCGGCCUGACGUCGUCGCGGAGCCGGCCUCGGUCUCAGACUGACGGAGGAGGAGGGCAGCACGGUCGCCAUGGCCCAGGCAGGGCCGGCCUCGGAGGCAGCGGCGGUGCAGACAACGACGGCGGAAGCUCUCCUUCAGCGAGUGGCAGAGCUGGAAAAAGUCAAUGCUGAAUUUCUCCGCACGAAGCAGCACCUCGAGCAAGAAUUCAAUCAAAAGAGGGCGAAAUUCAAAGAGCUGUAUCUAGCGAAAGAAGAGGAUCUGAAGAGGCAAAAUGCAGUAUUGCAAGCAGCCCAGGACGAUGUGGAGCAGCUGCGAACGCAGCUCACGGAAGCCCAGGCUGAAAUGGAGAACAUCAGAGCCAUUGCGACGGUGUCUGAAAAUACAAAGCAAGAAGCCAUUGAUGAGGUGAAGAGGCAAUGGCAUGAAGAAGUUGCUUCACUGCAGGCUAUAAUGAAAGAAACUGUCCGUGACUAUGAACACCAGUUUCAUCACAGGCUGGAGCAAGAGCGAGCUCAAUGGAACCAAUACCGGGAGAACAUGGAACGGGAAAUAAUGGAGCUGAGGAGGAGGCUUUCAGAAGGCCAGGAAGAGGAGAACCUGGAAAACGAAAUGAAGAAGGCCCAAGAAGAUGCAGACAAGCUCCGUUCUGUUGUGAUGCCCAUGGAGAAGGAAAUUGCAACUUUAAAAGAGAAGCUGACAGAGGCUGAAGACAGGAUAAAGGAGCUGGAGGCUUCAAAGAUGAAAGAACUGAAUCAUUACUUAGAAGCCGAAAAAUCCUGUCGAACAGAUCUAGAAAUGUAUGUGGCUGUUCUGAACACGCAGAAGUCAGUUCUGCAAGAAGAUGCGGAGAAAUUAAGGAAGGAACUUCACGAAGUCUGCCAUCUACUAGACCAGGAGCGGCAACAGCACAACCAGCUGAAACACACCUGGCAAAAGGCCAACGACCAGUUCUUGGAGUCUCAGCGUUUGCUCAUGAGGGACAUGCAGUGGAUGGAGAUGGUCUUGACCUCAGAGCAGCUGCGGCAAGUUGAAGAACUAAAGAAAAAAGACCAGGAAGAUGAAGAACAACGACGAUUACACAAAAGGAAGGAAGACAAACAGAAAGGUGCUGAUGAGGAAUCUAAAAUGACUUGCUCCAUAGCCCACGAUGAAUCCCUUCCACAAUUCCCGGGCGAAGAGGUACAUAUAAACAGCACCCAUGGUUCGGUCCAUUCCCUCGAUACGGACGCGCUGCUGUCUUCAGGAGAAUCUCUCAAAUCAGACAAUGACCUGUUUAAAGAAGGGCUGCGUAGAGCGCAGUCGACGGACAGCUUGGGCACGUCGGGGUCCUUGCAGACCAAAACUCUGGGCUUCAACAACAAAGCCAAAUCGGCUGGGAAUCUCGACGAGUCUGAUUUUGGACCGCUGGUGGGGGCGGACUCUAUGUCGGAGAACUUUGACACAGCCUCUCUCGGGUCUUUGCAAAUGCCCGGUGGAUUUAUGCUCACCAAAGACCAGGAAAAAGCCAUCACGGCCAUGACACCGGAGCAGGAAGAGACAGCCUCCCUUCUCUCCAGCAUCACGCAGAGCGUAGAAAACGCUUACAUGUCUCCUAGCGGUUACCGCUUAGUUAGUGAAAUUGAAUGGAAUCUCCUCCAGAAAGAGGUGCAGAAUGCUGGGAACAAGCUGGGGCGGCGUUGCGACAUGUGCUCUAACUAUGAGAAGCAACUUCAGGGGAUCCAGAUCCAGGAGGCUGAGAUGAGGGAUCAGGUGAAGAAACUUCAGGCAAUGUUGAGGCAGGCCAAUGACCAGCUCGAGAAAACAAUGCGGGAGAAGCAGGAGCUGGAAGAGUACAUGAAACAAACCACAGAAGACUCUGAAAACCAGAUCUCAUCACUCACCCUUAGAGUUCAAGAAUCCGAAAGCUUACUUGGUGAACUGCUGCAGGCUUUUUCUCAAGCAAAGAGAGAUGUCCAGGACCAAAUGGCUGUCCUGACGCAGUCGAGGGAACAUGUCUCCGAGGAGCUGACAAGGCUGCAGAGAGACAACGAAAGCCUUCAGGGGAAACAUUGCCUCCACGUCUCUUUGCAGCAGGCUGAGAACUUUAUCCUACCAGAAUCUGGAGAGGAACUCCGUGAACUGGUCCUCAAGUACCGCGAAGAUAUCAUUAGCGUACGGACAGCGGCGGAUCACCUGGAAGAAAAACUGAAGGCAGAGAUUUUGUUCCUGAAAGAGCAGAUUCAAGCUGAGCAGUGUUUAAAAGAGAAUAUAGAAGAGACUCUGCAGCUAGAAAUAGAGAACUGCAAAGAGGAGAUAGCUGCUGCUUCCAGUCUAAAAACAGAACUGGAGAGAAUAAAAGCAGAGAAGGAGCAGUUGGAGUCCGCCUUGAAAGAAAAAAUGCAGCAGUUAGAAGGCUUCCAGGAAAGGAAAAACAGCCUUGAAGAGCAGUUGAAGAAGGAGGCAGCUGCAAAGGCUAAUCUUGAGCAGCUGAUGUUUGAGGAGAAGAGCAAAGCACAGCGGCUGCAGACGGAGCUGGAUGUCAGCGAGCAAGUACAGAGAGAUUUUGUAAAGCUAUCUCAGACCCUUCAGGUCCAGUUGGAACGGAUCCGGCAGGCCGACUCCCUGGAGAGAAUCCGCGCCAUCCUCAACGACACGAAACUGACAGACAUUAACCAGCUGCCCGAAACAUGACACCCACGGUAGCAAGGCUCUGAGGCUGCCUCUUUGGGGUGUUUUUUCCCCCCUUCCCGAAAAACUCAUCUUUAUAGCAAAACGUUUAAUAAUAAUAAUUAUUUAACUCUUUAACUGAAAAGAGCAGAAGAUGAUGGCACAAGGAGGGAGAACAGUGGUCCAGGCUGUGUGUGUGUUUCCAGGAGGGAGAGGCGGUUUUGCGUGAGGGCGAGAAAAUGACAAGACUGAAAGCCAUGCAGGGAUGCUUUCGGGGUGUCUGUCCUCGGUGGGCUCAGGCGUUUCUGGGUCGCUGCCCUCUUCUUUUCCUUCACUUUCCCCUUGACAAAGCAGGUCUCCAUCCUAUUCUCUCUUCUUCCCCUUGUACAAAAAACUUAUUAAGGUCAAGGAAGCUGCUGGAAGUCAAUCCCUCCCUCCCUCCCUCUUCUUCCCCAAUUCCUUUUGACGUGAAGCUGUUGACCUGCACCCUGCCAGCGACUGGAUGGUCACCAACAGUAUUUAGCCAGGGCAGGAGGGGUUAUAGUAAGCUAUGUCAGUAUUUUAUAUUAAAAUAUGGAUUGUUUUCAGGA